UCUCUGAACUGUUUGCUCUUUCUCCGUCUCUUCCACUUCAACUUGGAACUACUGUGGGAAUGUGACGUGCACGUUCCAGGAAUAUGACGUUCCACAGUUUGCAAUAUACACACUGAAACUAUGCACUCGCAGUUGUAGUCUCUCUUUUCUUCCAUUUUCCACCAUGGAAGCUCCCCUCGACCAUGCUUUGUUUCAGCUCACUCCAACUCGAACCAGAUGUGACUUGGUGAUCUUCUAUGGAGCCAAAUCUGAGAAACUGGCAUCUGGGUUGUUCCAACCCUUUGUUUCUCACCUCAAAUCUGUAAAAGAUGAGAUUUCCAGAGGUGGGUAUUCCAUUACUCUUCGCCCGCCUACCCAAAUGGCACCCUGGUUCACCAAAUCCACAUUUCAAAGAUUUGUGAGGUUUGUUAGCACCCCAGCUGUUCUGGAGAGGUUUGUCAGUAUUGAAAAGGAGAUUUUGCAGAUUGAGAGUUCAGUCCAACCGGAGGAAGGAAUUGUAUCUGCUAAUCAGAGUACAAGGAAAUCAGCUGGUUCUUUGGAGAAAAGAGGUGAACUUGAAGAAGCAGGGGAUGUUGUAAAAAACGAAAACUCCAAGGUUUGCCUUCGACGCCUUCUUGAAACUCGAGUGGCAUUGCUUCGGAAACAGCAAGCCAUGGCUUAUGCCCGUGGCCUUGUUGCUGGUUUUGAAAUCUACAAUAUGGAUGAUCUCAUUUCUUUUUCGGAUGCAUUUGGUGCUUCACGCUUAAGGGAAGCAUGCAUUAACUUCAAGGAAUUAUACAAGCAAAAGCAGACAGAUGGUUUAUGGAUAAAAGAAGUAGCAGCAGUAGUGGCCUGUUCUUCAUCAGAUCUGCAAUUCACGGGAGCGUCUGAAAUUACACUUACAAAUGAAGCAGAGGUCACUAAUCAAAAUGUUAUGUUAAAUCUUCCCUCUAGCGGUAUCCUAAGUAGUGAAAAAGUUCAAGCGCCAAUGCCAUUUCCGCAUCAGAAUUCUCAGUACUUUUAUGGUUCACUAGGCCAUACAAACCAGUUGCCUCCAUAUCAUGGAUAUCCUUUCCCUACUAUGCAGUAUUUCCCUCCUCAUUAUCCAAGGAACAUGCAAUGGCCUCCCAACAUGGAUGAAGCAAGCUAUGGUCGGGAACCGAAUUAUCAUAGGACUCAGAAGCCAUCUUCAAGAAGAAAGAAGAAGAAUAAAACACGACCUGAAUACUCAGGGGAAGGCAACCAGACUGAGUCCAGGGACUCCACUUCUGAGACUAAUUCAGAUUCAGAGACACAUCAAGAGAGAAAGCAUUCUGAUAUGGAGAAUUCAUCCAGAAAGAAGUUUAAGAAGAAAUCCUCGCGGAAAGUGGUCAUUCAAAACAUCAACUACAUCACACCCAAGAGGAGGGAUGGUAAUAAAGGAGGAGUUUCUGAUGAAUCUUUUUCAGAUGAGGUGACUGAGAAAGCAGAAGUAUUGGAGGUAUCCCAUGAGUCACACUCGCAAGAAAGAGAUGUGGAGAAGAGUCACUCUAUGUUUAAUGGAUCAAGUAAUGAGGAUUUGACAGUUCGUGCUGUAGUCCCCAUUGAUGUUCAAGAUGCACAUUUUAUAGUGAAGUCUGAAGAUGGUAAUUCAUUAGCAGAGAGGCCUACUUUGGGGCUCAAUCUCGAGAGAACUCCAAAGAAACUAACAGUUUCAGCGGCAGCUGAUCCUUUGGUUGCGAUGGAGAGGAAUGGAACAAAUGACUAUGAGGUUAAGUUGGAAGAUUUUCAGAAUGAAGAAAAUUUCAGUUCAGCUAUGGAGAGAAAAGAUUGUGCAGAUGAGGACAUAUUACUUUUGCCGAGAUCAGCAAAAUCAGAAACUGAAAUUAGGUCUGCGUUUUCUGCUUCCGCUGCUGAGUCUACUGUAACCAGGACUGUAAGGGGAGAAGAUUGGUUUGUCUUGAAUCAUUCAAGAAGUACAGAAGACCAGAAGGUACCAAUGAAGCAAACAGUUUUUGAUGGUGAUUGCAUCAUCACGUCGGAGACAAAAAGCAAUAUAUUGGUAGAUGAUUCUUUCUUUAUACAGUCUCGGUCAGCAGUUGAUGAUAUGUAUGAAUCACCAUGGAAAACAGAAAUAAGCAUGGAUAAUAAUCUGAGUUUAGCUGCCCAGAAGGAAAAUGGAGUUAUAGAUACUCCACAGACUCGAACAUCUGAGCCAGAUGACCUUUGCAUGAUUCUUGAAAGGGAUUCCAACUUUGAGUCUGCGGAAAUUUCUUGGACUAUAGACUAUGGAGCAGAUAUUUCAUUUACCGAGGCAAAUAGAAAACGUUCUGGUGUUGAGACAACUGAUGGUGUGGAUAACAAGCCUGCUUCGAACGGUAUGGCAACCAAUGUGAAGAGCAAUAAAGUUCCUGGACCAAAAGAACGCUGUAAAGAAGCAAAGUCUAACAUCGUACGGAGAUCCCUAGUUAACAACACACCUGAUAUCAAAAGCAAAAAAAUAUUUCCUACAAGAGGGCCUAUAAUACAAAAGAGCAAAUUCGAGAAGGAAGAAGAAAUUCGGCAAAAGAUGGAGGAACUGCGGAUAGAACGCCAAAAGCGAAUUGCUGAGAAAACUGCAGCGGGUGGCUUUUCUCCGGUAGCACCCAGAAGAGCUUCAUUAGAAGGCAAAACAGCAAAGGGCUCUCCCAAGAGUAAACUACAACCUACCAAGAGAACUCUAAAUCUGUAAAUGGAUACAAAGCAGUUGAGUCCAUGAGUUCUUCAAACUGCAAUAUAUAUUUGUUCAUACUUAUGAUUUGUUUGUAUAAUAUCCCCAGCUAUAUAUUUUUAUAGACAUAUAACUUUGGCAUGAUGCCUCUACUUUUUGCUUCUUUAUUUAUUCAUGGGAUGCUGAGUUUGGCAGUUUGGAAUAAUAAAAAAGUGAUUCUUCUCCAUUUACUUAAA